AUGCAUGCCCUGCCCCGUUUGUGGCAGUCGGGUCGCAAGGAAACAGUACUGGACCUAGCGAGGCUGGUGGAUAAGGGCGUGUGUGUGAAGCUCAACGGGGGACGACAAGGUGAUUAUAGGGGCGUGUGCGUGAAGAUCAAGGUGAUGAUAACCGGGGACCACCCGUCCCCUACCUUUCUCUCUCUUCCCCCCUCCUCAACCUACCUCUUCCCCCCACCCCUCGCCUCCCCGUUCUCCCCCCUUUCCCCCCGGCACGGCACCAUGAUGGGCACGUUGAAAGGGUACGACCAGCUGAUCAACCUCGUGCUGGAUGAGGCGGUGGAGUAUGAGCGAGGUAGCUUCUUUUGCAUGUCAUCCCCCUCUCCUUGUGCUGUGCAUUAUGUUGCAUGCCACCCCCUUCAAGAAGUAGCGGUCUAUAUCUUCCUUAACCUUCCUCUUCCUCUCGACCUCACCCUCUCGUCAAACUACCCACCUCUUGCUGUUGCACAGAACGAGUAUAAAGAUGAGUUAAGAUACACGCCGGAGGAUGGGAAAGACGAGGCGGAGCUGUCGAAGCUUCUAGAAAAGGAUGGCAUGGAGAUCCACGAUAUGGUGAAGCCACGGCCAAUGCGUCUAUCGGAUCUUCUCAUCGUCUACUGCUACCACAUGAUUCCGUUCACACUCAUGCCUAUCGUCAACACCAUCCUCAACUACUACCUUGUAUACCAGAUGCUGGGUUGGUGGGGUCCACUUAUAGCAACGGUCGUUCUCUUCAUCCUCGCGGUCUGCCCGCCCUUCUACAAUCGCUCCAUUCGCCGUCGCCUCGUUUUCCUGUACGAGGCUCUGGCGUAUUACAUGAAGCGGGUGCGCUACAUCGCACCCAAGGACCUCAUCCCCGAUAGUGCAUACAUCUUCGCGUUCCAUCCACACGGCCGGAUGUUCUACACCAACACUAUGAUGAUCCAGACCAACUACGAAUGGAGAAAAAACUUCUGCCCCAAAGGUGACUUCUUUGCCGGGGCAGCAGCGGGGUUCUACUCGGUGCCUGUGCUGCGCAACCUGCUGUACCUCCUGGGGACCAUGCCUGCCAGUGAAUCAAACAUCCGCAGGGAGCUGCGGAAGAAGAACCACAUGGCCAUUGUGAUCGGGGGCCUAAAGGAGGUGUGCCUUGGCACAACUUCCCACACCGACAAGCUCUAUUUGAUGAGGAGGAAGGGGUUUGCGCGCAUAGCAGUGCAGGAGAAGGUGGGAGUCAUUCCCAUCUACUGUUUCAAUGAGAACCAGCUCUUCAAGCACGACCCAGUGUGGUUCCUUCAGUUCUGGGAGAAGGUGAACCGCCACGUCAACAUUGGAGUGCCCUUCAUGCGUGGGGCCUGGAACCUCACCCUGCCCUUCAGACGGGAUCUCUUGGUGGUUGUGGGCAAGCCACUUUUCCCCGAGGAGGGAGAGUCAGUGGACGAUUUUCAUGCUCGCUACGUCACUGCUAUCACUCAACUCUUCCAUAAAUAUGUUGGGCUGUCAGCACAACCCAAUCAGAAGUUGGUCAUCGUCUAA